UGUAUAGCUCAGAGUCGCGAGUCGUCCGUCGUAGACGCGGAUUCGUGCAAAUGGCGUCACUGCCAGUAUGAGCGAGCGUAUGCUGUCUAAUAACGCGUACGGACCUCGUCCGGGCGCGGCGCCGCGCGGCCCAGCCUGACGGCGAGUGUGAGUGUGACAAUAUCGGUCAAGAUCGAAGAAAAAAUUAAUAUAAGGGGAUCGUUAAAUCUCGUCGUCGAAUUGCAACGGUUGUGUACGUAUCAACGACGAGUGGUGACACGCAGUGAAAAAGAGAGAGUGCAGCCAAAGAGGGAUGCAGGCCGAACUGAUGUACAGAAAGCCGUUUAUGAUGACGACGACGUCCGGCCAGACUUUUCACCAUCCCGGAAUGGGAAAGAAGGAAAACGGCGGCCGGGAUUCCCGGGAGACUAUCCACUCCGGUCAUUUCAUGGUCUCCGACUUCGAGGCGGAGGCUCAGGAUGACGAGGACGAGCUAGCUGUCCCCGUGCCCGAUGAGGAGGCUGCCAAGUUAGCGAUCAUCGCUACAACUGGACUGUCGUACAAGAAAUUCGUCACAUGCUCGGUCAACGACAAAACCUCCCAGCAGCUCAGCAUCGAGACCUCCUUGAACAAGCUGUUCCAGUGCAUGUCCCUCGCCUACAGACAGAAAUUGACAUCACCCAAGUGGAAUCGGUUCAAAGGGAUCAGGCUGAGAUGGAAGGACAAGAUCAGACUGAACAACGUGAUAUGGAGGUGCUGGCACAUGCAAUUUAUACUGAAGCAAAACACGCUGGUGUGCCAAUUCGCGUCCCCGUUGGAUGUUGAUACUCAUAAUAAGCCUGAGGCAGUGGUCUUAGAGGGAAAAUACUGGAAGAGAAAACUUGCUGCCGUUACUGCGGAAUACAAGAAAUGGCGUAUGUUUUACCGGAACAAGAUCCUUGGUUGGACGAACAAGGAUGGCACCGAGAUGAUGGAAUCGAUGGACGUAUUAGAUUGGGGCAGCGGAUUGGGAACCUCAGGCAACUUUGGAGCAGGUACAGGCAACACACACGGAGGGACCAGUGGGACUCCAGGAGGAGAGAGUAUGAUGGUUGAUGAAGAUUACAUGGAGCUAAUGACUGAUACGUUAUUUUCGACAAUCAGUUCAAAUCAACCAAUAUACUUUCCCGAUCCGAGAGAAAUUGCGCGUGGAGCUAGUCUGGCGGAUUUUAUACAACCCAGCUUGGGACCGCUCCAGCCAAAUUUAGACGAUUUUAUGGACACUUUAGAACCGUUGCAAGAAUUUUUAAAUUCGAAGUUGCCUCCAGUCCCCGAGGAAGACGACAUGUUUCGAAACAGUGCUCUGAACGCGAACUAUGCUGAUCUCGAUCUAAUGACGCCUAUGAAUCAGAUGAACGAGCUGAGCCAAGAAUCAGCGGUGAAGAAUGAAGCUUCACAGCAGGCAGCAUUAGCACAGGACGAACAAGGAGGCACUAUACAGAAUCUUCAGUACACCGCUAAAAUAUAUACUCAACCUCAGCCAGAGCCAACAAAUGCGUUCAGGAGUAAUAUAACUCUGGCCGAUAGUUAUAAUACUAUACAACAAAACUACGAGCCUUCUCCACCGAGUCAACCUGUUAGAGAGAAGAGUAGGCCAAGCAGGAUUUCUUCGAGGAGUAGUCGAGUGAUUCAGCAACCUCAGCAACAACAGAACACGUAUCAACGAACAACACAGCAACAGAAUUCAGCUUAUCAGCAGGCCUCGCAGCAACCGUACGCCAUGGAGAUUCAAACCGUUCAAUUAACGCCGAUUCAGAAUCAAGUGCAGAUGACAGCGUUGAAUGAUCAGUCUGUACACGCCAAUCAGAUAUCGUCUAUCGCCAGUCACGUUCAGAAUCUCGUGACUGUGCAGCAAAACUUCGGACAAACAAAUUCCACGGUAUCUUCUCAGCACAGAAGCAUCAGGCCUUUACCACCGGUCGCACCGAUGUCUACGAAACCGUACAAAGUCGUUCAACCGCAGCAAUGCUACAAGUUCUCCGCGCUACCGCAAAACUUUAAUACGCAGCAAUGUAAAUUCAACACGAAUAAUUUCAAGACACACCCACCGCAACAGGUCGUAUCGGUUUCCGCGGAGCAAUCGUCGCAAUCAUCGAUACUGUUACAGUGUAGACCCUCCGGUUUGGAUCUCACCACGCCGGCCGUGCAACCCGCGAAAUUGUUACCGCAAGUAGCCGCGUCGAAUUCAGAGAAAGAGGAAGUUUUCGCUGUGCCCAAGUAUCAGAUGAAAGCAAGGAAUAGAUCUCGAAGUAGUUCGUCGUUAACCACACCAAGAAUGCAUCCACCACCAUUAGUAUCAGCGGCGAGCGAUCCCGCUCUAAAUCUAAAUAACAAUGUUUUGCUCGCACAGUUACUCACGAAUAACACAUCUGGUGUACACACAAUGAAUAUGCCAGCUGAUAAUAUAAUGCCGACAGUGAACCAAACAACCACAACUAUGAAACACAUCAUACCCAUGCUUCCACCUUCAGCUUCGCCUACGCAGGUGACGACUACCCAUCAUAUCACCACGCCGGUCACUGUCCAAACUAUGCAAACCUCUACGGUGCAAGUGCAACCGCAGCAGCAGGCAAUGCAACAGUCUGCUUGCAGCCAACAAAUGUUAUUAAAUACAAACACCCAAGCACAUCAGCCACAAAAUAGUCCCGGGUCACCGAAGGAUAGUUCUAACGCGCACAGUCCUCAAGGGUUGAGCCUCAGUCCUUUGCACAGCCCGAUGAGUAUAGGAAGCCCAUUGUCACCAAGUCGAACCUUCGGAAAGGGUGAAACGGAACGAGGACAAUACAAGGAACAAAGGAGAGUCGGGCACAUUCACGCGGAACAAAAGCGUAGAUAUAAUAUUAAGAACGGAUUUGACAUGUUGCACAGUUUAAUACCGCAGCUUAGUCAAAAUCCGAACACAAAGUUGAGCAAGGCCGCCAUGCUGCAGAAAGGGGCGGAUUAUAUCAGGCAGCUAAGGGCGGAGAGAAAUCAAUUGAAGGAGGAGAUGGAUAGUUUAAGACAUCAAAUCGAGUGCCUUAAUACGUCGAUUAGUAAUUGUCAAUCUAUGCUUCCUGCAACGGGUGCUCCAAUUUCUAGACACAGAACUAGCAAGAUGAAGGAGAUGUUCGAUGAAUACGUACGCACACGUACACGGGAAAAUUGGAAAUUUUGGAUUUUCAGUAUAUUGCUUGAACCUCUAAUGAUUUCUUUCAAUACCUCGGUGUCAACCGCGAGUAUCGAAGAUUUAUACAGAAGUACAAUAUUGUGGGUUGAGCAACAUUGCUCGCUCGUCGAUCUCAGACCAGCUGUUCUGAACUCCCUAAGAUAUCUGUGUACUGCCACUGAUAUUCUAUCAGAUCCUGGUCGCCUACCUGAAGAAGCACUCGCAGCAGUCAAUCGCACGGAACGGCGGCGAUCAACUCAGUGACCAAUUAUAAUAUUAUGCAAAUUCGUCGUGAACAUGAUUUGCAUAUACGUUUAAGAUUUAGUCGCGUACGAGCAAAACGAAAAGCAGUUACCGUAGCAGUAAGCCAGUUUAGGAGAGAAAACUUACAUGAAAAUUCUUAAAUGCGGUCUCUUUUUACAAUAGAUUUUCAGAUUUCCUUUCGUAACGAUCGCGGAUCAUGAUGGAAACAACUUAAAGUGCAAUUUUUCCCUAUCCUUCACAAAAUUGUGAUCAUCAAAUUUAAUGAUAAAAGAACAAAAAAGAGUACGUGAAAAUGUACAUGAAUUUACUCGAACUCGUUUAACAAAAUAUAUGUAUACGUAUAUAGACUGUUAUAAAUUUGGAA